GCGUCGCAGGUUGCCAAGCUCAUAGCUGAAAGGUGGCGCGGCCGCUCAGCUGGAGCGCCUCUGAGCCUCGGGCCUCUCGUUGCUUCUGCUGCUCGUCACCCCCGUCCUGCUCCAGGGCGCCCGGGGCUGCGGGCCGUCGCUCGUCGUCUGGGUGGCGGCUCUCCAUGGAGCUCGCCCGGCGGGGAAAUGACCGACCACGAGAACAACAACAACAUCUCCCGGAACCCCUUCGCCGCCCUCUUCAGUUCCGUCGCCGACGCCCGGCACUUCGCCGAGAUCCAGAAGCCGCCGACGCAACCCGCGGUAGAGGAAACCUCUGCCAGCCAAGAUGAUUCUGACAACAGUGUGUCUGAGAGUCUGGAUGAUUGCGACUACUCUGUGGCUGAGAUCAGUCGCUCCUUUCGCUCCCAGCAGGAGCUCUGCGAGCAGCUCAACAUCAACCACAUGAUCCAGAGAAUCUUCCUGAUCACAUUGGAUAACAGUGACCCCAAUCUGAAGAGUGGAAAUGGUAUUCCUGCACGGUGUGUAUACCUGGAGGAAAUGGCUGCAGACCUUGAGGAUCAGGACUGGCUGGACAUGGAAAAUGUGGAACAGGCCCUUUUUACCCAAUUGCUGCUCCCAGAACCUGGAAAUCACUUGAUCCACAUGACUUCAACUGGCAUCCAGAAUCUCUCAGCAGAGAGAGAUGCAGGAGAGAAGCACAUCCUGCGAUACCUCUUUGCCUGCUUCCAGAGGGCAAAGGAGGAGAUCACCAAGGUGCCCGAGAACUUGUUGCCUUUUGCAGUGCGUUGCAGAAAUCUGACUGUGUCCAAUACCCACACACUCUUCCUAACCCCAGAGAUCUACGUCAACCAGAAUGUCUACGAGCAGUUAGUGGACUUGAUGCUGGAAUCGCUAAGAGGGGCUCACUUUGAAGAGGUAACAGAGUUCCUGGAGGAGGUCAUCAAAACCCUCACGAUGGAUGAGGAAGUGAGGGCUUUUGAGGAGGUUAUGGUCCCUGUCUUCGACAUCCUCUCAGGACGAAUUCGGGACCUACACCUUUGCCAGAUCCUGUUGUACUCAUAUCUGGAUAUACUCCUGUAUUUCACUAAGCAAAAGGAUAUUGCCCAAGUUUUUGUUGAGUAUAUUCAGCCAAAAGAUCCAGCCAAUGGACAGCUCUACCAGAAGACGCUGCUGGGAGCCAUCUUGAACAUCUCAUGUCUUCUGAAGACACCUGGUGUGGUGGAAAGCCAUGGCUACUUUCUGAACCCCUCUCGAUCCAGUCCUCAAGAGAUCAAGGUGCAAGAAUCCAACAUCCACCAGUUCAUGGCUGAAUUCCAUGAGAAGAUUCAUCAGAUGCUGAAGAAUCUGCUGCAGCUCUCCCCACAGACAAAACACAAGAUCCUGGCCUGGCUGGGAAACUGUCUUCACGCCAAUGCUGGGCGCACCAAAAUCUGGGCCAACCAGAUGCCAGAGAUCUUCUUCCAGAUGUAUGCCUCAGAUGCCUUCUUCCUGAACUUGGGAGCUGCUCUCCUCAGGCUCUGUCAGCCCUUCUGUAAGCCCCGAUCUCACCGGCUUCUGACAUUUGACCCAACCUAUUGUGCUGUGAAGGAACUGAAUGAGGAAGAGCAGAGGGUGAAGAAUGUGCACCUGAAAGGCUUGGAAAGAGAAACUUGCUUGAUCCCAGCUGUAACUGAGCAGGAGCCAAAAUUUGCUGACAGCUAUAACCUGGUGACAGAGAACUUGGUAUUGACGCAGUACGCCCUCCACUUAGGAUUUCACAGAUUGCAUGACCAGAUGAUCAAACUCAACCAAAGCCUGCAUCGACUACAGAUGGCAUGGCGGGAAGCUCAGCAAAGCUCCAGCCCCUCAGCUGACAAUCUUCGGGAGCAGUUUGAGCGUCUCAUGACCAUUUACCUUUCCACUAAAGCAGCCAUGACAGAGCCUCAGAUGUUGAAGAACUGCCUCAAUCUGCAGGUGUCCAUGGCUGUUCUCCUGGUCCAGCUGGCCAUCGGAAACCAAGGGACUGAGCUGAUGGCCUUGACCUUCCCUCUGCCCGAAGUGAAGAAGAGUGCACUGGCCUAUGUCCCAGAAUUCUUUGCUGACAACUUAGGCGAUUUCUUCAUUUUCCUGCGCCGCUUUGCUGAUGAUCUCCUGGAACCUUCAGCUGACUCCCUGGAGCACGUACUUCAUUUUGUGACCAUCUUCACAGGGGAUGUGGACAGAAUGAAGAACCCUCACUUGAGAGCCAAACUGGCUGAAGUUCUGGAGGCUGUGAUGCCCCACCUGGAUCAGGCACAGACCCCUCUGGUCUCAAGUGUCUUUCAUCGCAAGAGAGUCUUCUGCUCCUACCAGCAUGCUGCUUACCUGGCUGAGGCGCUAAUUAAGGUUUUUGUGGACAUUGAAUUUACAGGGGAUCCCCAUCAAUUUGAGCAGAAGUUUAAUUAUCGUAGACCCAUGUACCCUAUCCUCCGGUAUAUGUGGGACAUUGAUUCAUACCAGGCAAGCAUAAAGGCACUGGCUGAUUAUGCCUCUGAGAACCUUGAAGGCAUGGCCCCCCCGCUCUUCUUGCGCUUUCUGAACCUGCUUAUGAAUGAUGCCAUUUUCUUGCUGGAUGAAGCAAUACAGUACCUGAGCAAGAUCAAGAUCCAGCAAAUAGAGAAGGACCGGGGCGAGUGGGACAGCCUGUCUGCAGAAGUGCGGCGUGAGAAGGAAGCCAGCCUGCAAAUGUUUGGGCAGUUGGCUCGCUUCCACAACAUCAUGUCCAAUGAGACCAUCGGGACCUUGGCCUUCCUGACCUCAGAGAUCAAAUCUCUCUUUGUGCACCCUUUCCUGGCGGAACGCAUCAUCUCCAUGCUCAACUACUUCCUCCAGCACCUGGUAGGCCCCAAAAUGGGGGCCUUGAAGGUCAAGGACUUCAGUGAAUUUGACUUCAAGCCCCAACAACUGGUUUCUGACAUUUGUACGAUAUAUCUAAACCUGGGUGACGAAGCGAACUUUUGCGCCACAGUGCCUAAGGAUGGGCGAUCCUAUUCCCCAACUCUUUUUGCUCAGACAGUCCGAGUUUUGAAGAAAAUUAAUAAGCCUGGCAACAUGAUUGUAGCAUUUAGCAACCUGGCAGAGCAAAUUAAGUCUCUAGCAGAUCGCCAGCUGCAGGAAGAGGAGACAUAUGCAGAUGCCUGUGAUGAAUUUCUGGAUCCCAUCAUGAGCACCUUAAUGACAGAUCCGGUGCUGCUGCCUUCUUCUCGGGUCACAGUGGACAGAACAACAAUCGCUAGGCACCUCUUGAGCGAUCAGACAGAUCCUUUCAAUCGCAGCCCUCUCACCAUGGACCAGAUCAAGCCAAAUACUGAACUGAAGGAGAAGAUUCAACAAUGGCUGGCAGACAGAAAGAAGCAAAAGGAGCUGUGACUCGGCCAGAAUGCUGUGGCCCCAGCUGCCUCUUUCAGUGAACCCAGGACUGAUUUUGACUGCCCCUCCUUCUCCAUAAUGAGGAUCCAGCUUCCUUGGGCUCCUCUGCACUUUUCUGUGGGUCCUUAUAUCUAAGAUCUUCUGGAAACCUCCUCCCUUGACAGUUUGUCUCCUAUAUUGUUUUCGUAAGAAUCCCUCUCCAUGUUGGUUUCUCUUUAGCUGUUGUCCCAGAUACUGGGCUGGACUUUCCCUUUUAUGUUUAAAAAGAAAAGCUGUAUUUACUC